CUGUGCGUCCCAACUUCAAGCUCGCUGCGCGCUGCCCGCAGGCCGCCAGGGGGUGUGUAGCCCUCAGCCUUGGUCGCGAACCCGGCUCUCCUCCGCGCGAAGUUGCUCGGCCCCAAGUGGGCGGCGUCGGGGAACCUAGCUGCACCGUCCGUUGGCGUGGGCGGACGGCGCCCAGUCGACUCCGGUGCAUCCUGCAGCACUGAGCCCUACGGGGGACGGGCUUCACCUCGCCCUGGAGUCAGCCCGGGGCAAACUAGGGACCAGGCGCCCGGGUGGCGGACUUCGCAGGGCAGGACGCACAGCCUUUGCGUCCUCACUUUGCCGGAAACAGACAUGUCGGGGUCCACAUUCAUGCAGACCAGGACCGCUGCCUGCUCCUCCAACUGCGUCCCUCUGCUGGGGAAGUCACUUUGAUCCAUGUGGUCCAUCCUUGAGGUUCACUUCCCACAAGUCCCCUCAGCAUGUCAUCAGCAAAAUCCCAAGCCCCAGAGGAGACAGUGGCUGGCUGCGAAGAGGAGCUGAGAGAAAAGUCACUUCCCACUUGGGGCCCCCUUUUUGGUCACCGGAGUGAGAAGAUUGUCUUUACCAAAGGUGAUGGAAGUCCAGAGGAGAGCCUGCUCACCGUCACCAUCACAGAGACCACUGUCAUUGAGUCGGACUUGGGUGUGUGGAGCUCAAGGGCUCUCAUCUACCUCACGCUGUGGUUCUUCUUCAGCUUUUGUACGCUGUUCCUCAACAAGUACAUCCUGUCGCUGCUAGAGGGAGAGCCCAGCAUGCUAGGUGCUGUGCAGAUGCUGUCUACGACAUUAAUUGGAUGCGUUAAAAUAUUUGUUCCUUGCUGUUUGUAUCAACACAAAACUCGGCUCUCUUACCCACCCAAUUUCAUCAUGACCAUGCUCUUCGUGGGCCUCAUGAGGUUUGCCACGGUGGUUUUGGGGCUGGUCAGCCUGAAGAAUGUGGCAGUGUCCUUCGCUGAGACUGUGAAGAGCUCAGCUCCCAUUUUCACUGUGAUCAUGUCUCGAAUGAUUCUGGGGGAGUACACAGGGCUGUUGGUCAACCUGUCCCUUAUCCCAGUCAUGGGAGGACUGGCAUUGUGCACAGCCACUGAGAUAAGCUUCAACAUCCUGGGGUUUUCAGCUGCAUUAUCCACCAACAUUAUGGAUUGUUUGCAGAAUGUUUUUUCAAAAAAGCUUCUCAGUGGGGACAAAUACAGGUUCUCGGCCCCGGAGCUGCAGUUUUACACCAGUGCUGCUGCUGUGGCCUUGCUGAUCCCAGCGUGGGCCUUCUUCAUGGAUGUCCCUGUGAUUGGCAGGAGUGGGAAGAGCUUCAGCUACAGCCAGGACAUCGUGCUGCUGCUGCUGACAGACGGCGCCUUGUUUCACCUUCAGAGUGUCACCGCAUACGCCCUGAUGGGAAAGAUCUCCCCUGUGACUUUCAGUGUCGCCAGCACCGUGAAGCACGCCUUGUCUAUCUGGCUCAGCAUCAUCGUUUUUGGCAACAAAAUCACCAGCCUGUCUGCCAUUGGCACCGUCCUUGUCACAGUGGGCGUCUUGCUCUACAACAAGGCCAGGCAGUAUCAGCAGGAGACCAUGCAGAGUCUGGCCACAGCCAGUAGCCGGGGUUCAGAGGAUGACACAGAACCUCUGGUUCCCCAGGACUCAAGACAGCACCACUGAGUUCCUUUUGAUGCCGUGACGCCCGGAAACCCAGCCUAGACUGUCCUCCUGCACUGUAUGCUGGAAGAGAGAGGCAGACUCUGCAGGCAGGUCUUUUGUUCCUCACUGGACACCAGAUGGGGAGUUUGGGGAUCAGCUUCUGCCUGACAGAGCCCUGCAGGAGGGAGCAAAUGGCCUAUGGCUAACUGGGCACACUGCCUGCAGGUGCGCCAGUGACUCGGUGGGGCCAACUGUGGAAUAAGCACAGGUUCCAGUACCAACAGGAGUUGCUGUCUGCUUGAUGCCGUCCAGGAGACUUCAACUUUCCUAUGACCACCACCACCACCACAGACACCAAAGCCUCCUGGUUCCUGACAGACAAGAAACAGAAAUUCCAGAUGCCAGUGACUCUAGCAAAGAGCCACAAAACCCUGGGGAUGCAGAAUGACUGACAACAGAGACGAGUGUCUUCUUCCAUGGAGGAGUAGAGCUUCUAUGAAGAGAAAGUCUCCCCUUUUUGGCCUGUGCUACACUGAGCUACCCCACUCCAGGUUUGCUGUCCUGUGUUUCUGCUACCCGUUUGGUGAUUUCUCUAACUCGGGCAAAUCUCUAAUCAGAACAGGUCCCCCUGGAGUUCUUCUCUGUCCUGGGUAUACUGAAUGUGAAGCAGGCAUAGUUGACCACCCUGCCAGAUUCCCCUUCGGGAUGAUGACAGGGAAGUUUAGCAGAGCAUCUGUGUUUACAGGUUACGCUUCAUGUGCAGUGACUCAUUUUAGCAAAGCUCCUGGAGUGUCUGCAUGUAAGGUGAAUCCAAGUCUACACACACAGCUGGCUCUUCCCAGGGAUCAUAUGUGAUACUUCCUGAGCUACCAGGUGCCCAGAGUCUGUCCCUCCUCCCAGGGUCACUGGUGUCAGAGCUCAGGAUGCCUGAGCAGUGAAGGACCAUAGUGGGGGCUUGGGCAUGAGAUGCUGAGGUUUUACUUAUUCAUCAGUUUGUGGGUUCUGAUGUGGGGUGCAGUCCAUGGCCAGCCAGUCUUUAAGACUCUUCUCCAGUAACCCAAACUCCGAGACUCACGAGCUUUAGCCACUGGCACUUUCGGUUCCAAGUCUCACUUUCCCUGCUGUUCAUCUUGAAGGCCCAUGCUGGUUCAUUGAUUUCCAAGUUGGCUCCUUGCCUGGAAAAUAUGAAAAUAGCCCCUCAAAGAGACAGAUUGAUUUGAAAAAGAGCAAUAAUUAUGUCUUAAGUUUUAUGUACUUGAAAAAGUUUGCUGUGAUGAUGGAUCAAAAUGAGGCCUUUUAAUCUAUAAUCCACCUUUUCAGAGAAGGUGCUUGUGUUCUUGACACAGGCUAGGUGUGUCUUCCCUGUGCUGAGGUCACCUCCACUAUGAAGGGUUCUCUCAUUUGACUUUCCCCAGGUUUCUACUUCCAUUGGAGGGCAGAUGAUGGAUAUUGGGUUAAUCUGUACAUUAGGCCUCUCUCAAGAACCUGGCUGUGGAGCUGCUGACACACCAGGACACGUGUUUGGGCAGUGGUUGGAAGAUCCCUCUGGCCUUCUUACAGAUCAGAGCCCCAAAUGCCUGGUUUCUGAGUAGCACUUGGAAUUCCCAUGUGGAAUUAGGAAAUGGCCCAUCGUAACUUCUUCUGUCUACUCCUCCACUUCACCAACCUUUCCGCCUGUUUUGAUUCUAAGUUUGUGGACUAGAAACAAAAACAAAGAUUUUCUUAAAACAACUUCUUAAAAAGCUGCUUUUGAGACAGGAAGACCAUGUCAUCUAUGCUAGAGCCAGCAUCACGGCCUGUCCUCAUCACAGGCAGGAAGACCAUGGAGUCUGUGCUAGAGCCAGCAUCACGGCCUGUCCUCAUCACAGGCGGGAAGACCAUGUCAUCUAUGCUAGAGCCAGCAUCACGGCCUGUCCUCAUCACAGGCGGGAAGACCAUGUCAUCUGUGCUAGAGCCAGCAUCACGGCCUGUCCUCAUCACAGGCGGGAAGACCAUGGAGUCUGUGCUAGAGCCAGCAUCACGGCCUGUCCUCAUCACAGGCGGGAAGACCAUGGAGUCUGUGCUAGAGCCAGCACCACGGCCUGUCAGGCUCUACAUUCCAUGCACAUCCUUGCCACACAGCCACCUCUUCCAGCAUUUCCAGGACUCCUGGCCAUUUGUUAUAACCAUACCAUCACAAUAUUUUUUUAUUAACGUUGUCAGUACUUUUAUAUCAUACUGUGUUUUUCAAGAAUUGUUGCUGAUGUACGUGUAGAAAUAUCUUGGAUUAAUUUUUCCUAAGUCCAUGUCUUUGUCUGGUCUGCUGUAACAGAACACCGGAUGGACAUUCUGAGCCAGCCAUCUGCUUCCUCACUACACACAUGGUUAAGAGAUACACAGAUUUCUAAUUUCAGAACGCUUCUAGGGGCUGUAGAGAAGACUUGGUGGGGAAGAACAAGUAGUGCUCUUGCUGAGGACCCAUGCUCAGUUUCCAGAAGUCGUGUAGGGUGCCUCACAACUGCCUGUAACUCCAGCUCUAGGGAUUCUGAUUCCUCUAGCUUCUGUGGGCAUCUGCACUCACACACACACACACACAUACAUACACGUAUGCACACACACAUGAUUUUAAAAUGAGUACAUUAAAAAAGACUCCCAUGACUUUGGGGUGUAGCUUAGUGAUACAUUGGUGUCAUUUAUUGAGACCAGCACACAUGGGAUAGAGGGAGACGAGACCCCAAAACAUCCACCACAGUAGAUGGUUUUUGUCUAAAGUUGGCCAUGGUACCACUUACCUGUAAUCAUAGUCCUGUGGAGGCAUUAGGCUAUACAGUUAUUCCAAGACCAACUUGGGCUACAUAUUAGGAUCCUGUUUCAAAAAAAAAAACUUAAUUGUUUUUCUGAUCUUUGUAAUUUCUUACAUACCAGCAUUAUAAUCUGUUUGCCUGGAAAGUCGAGAGUACUCUUGUGCAAUCCAAAAUAUGUUUCUAAUUUGACAAAAAUAAAAAUGAUGAAUCAGAGGAGAUGAAAGAGAAUAAACACGCACAAGGGAAUCAGUCACGUAAACUGCUUGCUGCCUUUAGAUCACUACAAAAUACGUGGCUGUGACCCAGCUCCUCCGUGGUCACUUCACUUCUGUCCAAGUGAUGUCUCCUGCAAGCAUUUUAUUUCCUAACACUGGAAAAGAGUAAACAAAGAUGAUCCUAACGGUGGAAAACCAUGCCUGUUCUCUUUCCCUUGAGUCCUUACGUGAGCCAUACUGUCCUUGAGAUCUGCAGCCUUCUUCAGUCUUCCUCCUCCCUCUCUGUAGCUUUGGAGCCUGUCCUGGAACUCAGUCUGUAGACUAGGCUGUCCUCAAAUUCACAGAGAUCCGCCUGCCUCUGCCUCAGGAGUGCUGGGAUUAAAGCUGUGCACUGUUACCACUGCCCGGCUCCUUCAGUCUUCUUCGUCCUGAGAUUACAAGCAGGUGUCACCAGCCGUUUUCAAUUCUCUUCUAUUUUUUUUCCC